CUGAAAAUGAUGUCAUCUAAAUGGAACCCAUUGAAGGUUGCUGAAUGCUACCUGCUUCUUUGUGGAAGAAAAACAUAUUAGAACUUCAUCAAUACUUUUUCUUGGUUCCUCCAGCUCUUUUUCUGCUUUAAGCACAUCAAAUUGGUGAGCAUUGCAAUUAAUCAAGUUGAAAUUUCCUAGAGCUCAAAAUGUAUGAAGAAGGAGAAGAUGAGGAAGAGCCUUUACCUGAUUUUGAAAAUGAAACCCUCAAUUUCUUGGAGGAUAUGAGAUGUGCUUACAAGGAGAAAGUGUUACCAUUGGAGCGAAAAUAUCGUUUUGAGGAUUUCUACACCCGGCCAUUGAAUGAUAACUACUUUGGGCCCACUGCUCUUGUUCUUUUGGUAGGACCUAUGGGAUCUGGUAGAUCACUUUUUGUAGCAGAUUAUGUCCAGAAGGAUUUUGUGGCCACCAACACUAGGGCUGCAAUCAAUGAGCCCAAUGACAUCAUGUCCAUUGUGACCUAUGGUCAGGAUGAUUGGGUGCUCCCUGGAGAGCGUGCUUUCAAAAGCUGUGCUUCUCCAGUUCUUGAACGCAUUGGAUCCCUUGUUCUUGCCAAGAAAAGCAUUGCUGAUAAGGUUCAAGUCAUUACGUGCAACUCCCCAGCAUUGCAGUAUGUCACCAUUAUUGACUUUCCUGGAAUUCCCUGGGGCACAAGGAGCAAACCACCAACUUAUGAGUACUUGUCCAUCUUGAAGUAUUUGGCAAAGAAAGCAGACAGGAUCUUCCUGUUUUUCAAUGCAAGAGCUAUACCUGAUUGCCUGUCCCCUCAUGUCUUGAGAUCUUUAGACAUGAUGAGGUUCUCUGGGGAGAAAAUGUCAAUUGUCUACACCAAGUCCCUUGACAUGGAUCCAGCUGAGUUCCUGAGGAAUCACACCAUAGUCUAUUGGACAGUUGGCACCACAAUGGCAUCUGUGACUCCCCCAAAGACCUAUUGUCGCAAAUGGAGUGAGGGAGAGUAUGAGGGCAUUGAAGAAGAAGAGGGAGAAGGUGAAGGUGAAGAUCGAGAUGCUGGUGGAGCUUCUCCAGCAUCAAAGGCCAAGAAAUUGUCUGGGGGGAAGGCUGGAAAGGGUGCAAAGGAUGACAAAGGUGGCAAGAAGUUGUCUGGUGGAAAGGCUGGCAAAGAUGCUAAGGCUGAUAAAGAUAAGGACAAGAAGAAGACAUCUGCUGGCAAGGCUGGCAAAGGCAAGGAGGCAGGGAAGCGCAAACCUGGAGGUGAUGAUAGACAGAGGGGUGGUGAAGAUGAAGGAGAAGAGGAGGAAGAAGCUGAGGAUGAGGGAAAUAUUGCAGCAGAUGCAAUGAUGGGAGAAGAAGAACUCAUGUUUCAGCUCAAGUAUGCAUUCUUGCUUACCCUGCACCGUAAAAUGUGGGAAUUGGAACACAGAGCCAGUUUGGCACAGAUUCAUGCCCAGGUUCUUUCAGCCCUUGUGGAGAAUUUUCCUUCAUAUGAGGAUGAAAAGACCCAACAGAAAAUCCGCUCAAAACGCAUUUAUGAACUGGACUCCAUCUAUAACCGCUUGCAAUGCCAGCUUGGCCUCUUCUGUGAAUACUUUCCAGACACCAGCUACAUGUGGGAUCACCUCAUUUACAGGGACUUCAGAACCAUGCAGCCCCUGGAUAGGUUGUUGUACUGUGGUGCCCAGGAAGUCAUAAACAAAGACUUGCCCCCUAUCAAGGAAAGAACUGACUACAUGGUCUUCAGAGCUUAUAAGCAUGAAGGGAUCCCUCAGCCCAAUCCAAAGGAUCAGGAUGAAAUUUCCUACUCCAAUAGGCGCUAUGAUUACAGGAAUAGCUACUUGAACAAAUGGGCUCUUUUCAAGCCUGCAGUCAAGUAUGAAAAUCUCUUCAAUGAGCUCAACAAGAAGCACAGCAAGGUCAAUAUUGUUGAUGCUGAUCCAGCAAUAAAAAUGUUCAAUUUACUUGACUGGGUUGAUGAGAAAAUCUGGCGCAUGGCAGACAUUGAUAGAGAUGGCAUGCUGGACAGGGAUGAAUUUGUGCUGGCAAUGCAUCUCAUGUUCAGAAGGACUUGUGGUCUUGAUAUCCCAUCUAUUCUACCGGUUCACCUCAUCCCAUAUGCCAAACGUAUGCUGUUGAUCAGUCCAGAAUCGGAUCUUGACCCCAGGAGGCAAUUUGCAGACACACCAACUAUCACAACAGCAGUUGAUGCCAGUGUUGUAAUGCCUGAUGAGUGUGGUGAUGAUUUCAACUGGGCUGGAGAAAGUUCUACUGCUAGACAAAGCAAGAAAUGUGUCCAGUUCAAGAGUGAAGGUGACUUCAAUUAUGUUAGGAAGGUGUUGGACAGCUACAGGGACAAGGAUGAUGAGAAGAGUAUGACAAGCUUGACCAGCUGCUUGAAGCCUCCCACUGGCCGUGUUCUAUCCAAUUGCUGAAGUAUUAUUCAAAUUUUCUCUUUCUUUUGUGUUCAAGCUUCUUGAUGUAAUAUUUAUUCUCUUUUCCUGUGCCUGUUAUUUAAAAGUUUUAUGAAAUGUAUUGAAGAAUCCACAGUAUUGAAGAAUCCUCAAGGAAUUCAAAGAAUUUUUAGAAGAUGACACACUUGAUGCAUGAAGGCAUGUGAACUUUGAAUUUUCAAUCUUUAUAUAAAAUCAAAGAUAAUAAAACUGACUUUAAAUCAAGGUCCCUUGUCCUACUAAAAUGUCAAUAAUUGUUUUUAUUAACUUUGAAACUUGUUUCAGCUGUGUUGAUGCAUUCAACAGUAACAAUGUGUCGUGAUUAAUUUUUUCAAAUUAUCUUAGGAUUCUGGAAUCUUUAAUUCAUUGUUUUGCCAUAGUUGCUUCCAAAGAACUCUGAUGAAGACUUUCGUUGUUCCCUGAAUUGUUCUCUGGUCAUUUUUAAACAUGGGAUGGAAAGAUAUUUUAUGGGAUAAAAAAUAGAAGGACCCCUGUUGUAAUACA